AUGACAUCGCCUCUACUUCCACCAAGAAACCGAAAGAGACUGGAUGAAUCUAUACCACCUCUCCUAAGACCUCUUAUUCGGGCCUAUGUCUUAGGCUACACUUCUGCUGUUGCACCAAGGCUCCUCACGUUGAUUCUCCAGCAUGUAACUAGAAGGCGGAGAGACAAGGGUGCUGCUGUCACGCAGCCCCACGACUCCUUCAUCUCAUCCCUGCAACGUAUCGUGCGUGGGGGGCUAGAACUUCAAGGAUUUCCAACAUUCUGUGCGGCCCUCGUAGGCGGAACUACGUUACUAGAGGCAAGAUUUCCCACAACUAGCUCAUAUAUGCUCGAAUUUUCGAGAUGGUUAUCGACGUUUGUUGCUGCCUGGCUUAGCCUCCGGUUACUACAGUCAAAGAAGAGUGAUAGCUUUUCAGAAACGAUCACUGCCAACCCAGAUGAUCCGCAAAGCGCCAAGCAAGAAACGGUACGAUACGCUGGACGAACUCUAGACUUGACCUUAUUCGCAGUUACCAGAGCUCUUGAUGUGAUAGUCAGUGAGGCAUGGUCCCGGAGAGGACAACGCAAGGUUGCCACAAGCCAGUGGACUUGGGUUGAAUCUUUGAUAUCGAAGUUAGCUGAUCCAAUUAUCUUCGCCACAUCUUCCGCCCUUAUUAUGUGGGCAUGGUUCUACUCACCUUCACAACUACCUAAAGCAUAUACGAAAUGGAUCAGCUCGGCCGCGGCGGUAGACUCCCGCCUUAUCGAAGCACUUCGGCGUUGCCACAAUGGGGAUCUCCAAUAUGGCGAGGAAACGGGACAAGCACCGCUCCUCCAAUCAAUGUGUGUCGACUAUAAAUUGCCGCCGGCGUGGGGCGAUCCUACUAAGUCCAUCCCGUUUCCGUGCGAAGUCGUGCAUAUGGGUUGCGGGUCGUCUUGCGAACACCAUGCCCUAUCCCGUUUCUACCGAUCCUUUAAGUGGUCUAUGAUCACGUAUCUACCCCUGAACUUACUAGCCCGGAAGAAGAAUCUUAAGGGGGUUCGAACCGCGCUCCUAUCUGCAGCACGCUCGUCGUCAUUCUUAGCCGCAUUUAUCACCCUUUUCUACUACGGAGUGUGCCUAGCGCGGACGAGGCUCGGCCCGCACAUCAUCGGGAAGGAUACGCAGUCUAGACAGGUUAUCGACGGGGGUGUCUGCGUCGGAUCUGGCUGCUUCCUAUGUGGAUGGAGUGUCCUCAUAGAGAAAGCGGCCCGCAGAAAAGAGCUAGCACUUUUCGUUGCGCCCAGAGCUAUGGCAACGCUCUUACCAAGACGGUAUUCCCUUGACAAGCAAUGGCGGGAGACAUUCAUCUUCGCUCUUAGUACAGCAGUGGUGUUCACGUCCGUAAAAGAAAAUCGAGAGAGCGUUCGCGGUAUGUUUGGGAAAUUUCUCGUGGCAGUUUUAGAGCCAUGA